GGAGCGAACAAAUAUUUUCGUACUGGGCCAUCGGGGAGAGGGGAUGGCAAAUAACGGGAAUCUAUUGUCUCAUUUCUCUGCAAUUCUUGGUGUUCCGGAACACUGGAACAGGUGUCACUCUCUUUCCGGCCUUUGGUUGCGUUAGAGGGUAUUGACUUUCGUUCCGCGUUCUUGUUUUUCUUUGUGUUGUUGCUUACUACCAAUAGUUGCCAACAUGAAGAGGUCGAGGACAAGCGAAAUGUGGUCAUAUUUCGAAAUUCUUGAUCGAGAGUUUGCGAAAUGUACUUUGUGCGGUAAGAAAUUAUCGUACAAAUCGACGACGACGAAUUUAAAGAAACAUCUCCAGAAAUCACAUUUAAUUGUGGAUUUCUCUUCACAAAGACCUUCGGAGCUAGAUUUGGGUGAAUCCCUUCCUGUAGAGGUGAUCCUUGGCACCAGUAGUGUGGAAGAGGAGCGAGCUGCUCCAGCCCCCUCAAUGCAGCAAGGUGUUCAAAGUUCUAUGACAUCGUACCUCUCCAAAAGGAUCGGAGUGAAUCAGAAAAAGAAGAUAGAUGAGCAACUUCUUCAGCUGUUCACUAAAGACUUCCAACCAUUUUCAGUCGUUGAAGAUUCGGGGUUUCGGGGUUUUGUGCGGGCCCUUAAUCCUGGUUAUGAGUUACCAAGCAGGAAGCAUAUUUCAGAUGUAAUGCUGCAAGCAGCAUACACAGCAGCAAAGGAGAAAGUGGUAGACAAACUGUCAGCUGCGAAGACAGUUUGUUUGACCACAGAUUGCUGGACAUCGGCAGCAAAUGAAGGUUACAUGGCGGUGACAGGGCAUUUUGUGUCUGAAGAUUUCACCUUGCAAUCGGUGUUGUUAGGAUGUUCCCAAUUGUCUGGUGCACAUACUGCUCCAAAUCUGUCGGCAUCUCUAAUAGGCACGACAGAUAACUUCAGGCUGACAGACAAAGUUUUGCUGGUUGUGACGGAUAAUGCACCAAAUAUUAAAAAUGCAAGAAGCUGCAAGGCAACAGAAAGACUGCUGACAUACCAACAAAAUAAUGGGGCAGGUCAUGUUAAAAAACUGGUGCAGGAGGUGCCAACAAGGUGGAACUCUACUCUGUAUAUGUUGGAGCGAAUAGUUGAAAUUAAAGAUGCAGUGAAGACUUCACUUGUACUAUUCACAGUUGAUUUUGAACAACUUACCGACGAGGAAUGGAACAUCUGCUCAGAACUCUGCUCUGUGUUGAAGCCAUUUGCACAGGUUUCAACACAGCUUAGUGCUGAGUCAUAUCCUACUGGCAGCCAAGUUAUUGUUCUGACAAGGGGAUUAUUAUCAGUGUGUGCAGAACUUUUGAAACGGCCAUUUAACAGUGUGACAAGGACUAUCAUUGAAGAAUUAACAAAAGGCCUGAAGGACCGUUUCCACAAUGUAGAGAUGAGCAAAUCUAUAGGAGUAGCCACUCUACUAGAUCCACGGUUUAAAUCUCUUGUGUUUGAAAGCCGAGUUGCAGCAGAUAAUGCAAAGAAACAGCUUAUUGAACUAGUAGCACAAAAGAUGGGUGACAGAAGACUGACAAACACAGGCCAGAGCCAUGAAACUGUGUCAACUUCAACCACCACUGAUCCCUUGUCAGUAUGGGGUGUCUAUGAUGCAAUUGUAAAAUCAGCACAGCCCCAGGGCACUCCUCAGUCAGCUGCUAUUGUGGAAGUACAAAGGUACAUGGACAGCCCAGUUAUUAGUAGAAGUGAGGAUCCACUGGCAUGGUGGCGUGAAAAUCAAUAUAUUUUCCCAAAUAUUGCUAAAGUGGCGAACACGGCUGAAGGCGUCCAAAGUUGA